GCUAUUGUUACCAUUAACCUACGAAGUGCAGGAUGAAGUUAGUAUCGAUUUGGGCCUUGGCAGCACUUUGCCUUUGCCUUGGACAAGUGGCCAGCAGCGAGAAGCUGCUUAACUGCUACUGGGGCACGUGGGCCAACUACCGUCCCGGAGAUGGAAAGUUCACACCCUCGGACAUCGAUCCCUCCCUGUGCACACACAUCAGCUACACCUUCUUCGGAAUCAGCGAUGCCGGCGAGUUCAAGUCCCUGGACACCUGGCUGGACAUGGACGAUGGACUGGGCUUUAUUAGCCAGACGAUUGCUCUGAAGCAGCGCAACCCAAACCUCAAGAUUUUGGCGGUGGUUGGUGGCUGGAAUGAAGGUUCCACCAAAUACUCGGCCAUGGCCGCCGAUCCUGCCAAGCGUGCCACCUUCGUCUCCACUUCCCUGGCUUUCAUUCAGCAGUACGGCUUUGAUGGUUUGGAUUUGGAUUGGGAGUACCCUGGACAGCGCGGAGGCAGUGAAGCGGAUCGCGAGAACUUUGUAACUCUGCUGCGCGAGAUUAAGGAAACCUACGAUCAGUAUGGCUUAGAGCUGGGUAUUGCUGUCGGUGCCUCCGAGAAAUCGGCCAGCAUCUCAUACGACAUUCCGGCCAUUUCGCAGCACUUGACUUUCAUUAACGUCAUGACCUACGACUUCCACAUGGCUCUGGAUGGCUAUCUGGGUCUGAACGCUCCUCUGCCCGAGGUCGCCGAAUCCAUUGACUACUGGCUUUCUCAUGGUGCGCCCGCCGAGAAGCUUAUCCUGGGCAUUGGCUUCUACGGACACAGCUACCAGAUGUCCGAUAGCUCACAGAACUGGCCCGGAGCUGCGUGCAUUGGUCCCGGAUCUGCUGGCGUCUACACGCGGGAGAACGGCUUCCUGGGCUACCACGAGAUCUGCCUGAACAACUGGCAAACCGUGUUCGAUCAGGAGAACGGUGCUCCAUAUGCCUUCCAGGGUGAUCAGUGGAUCGGCUAUGACAAUCCCGAAAGCAUCCAGCUGAAGAUGCAGCUGGUCGAGUCCCGCAAUCUGGGUGGUGCCAUGAUGUGGUCCAUUGAGACAGAUGAUUUCCGUGGUCUCUGCGGCGAGUCCUAUCCCCUGUUGAAGACGAUGAACCGUGCUUUGGGCAGGGAAGUGAAUGGAGGAGGUGGAGGCGGCGGAGGAGGAAGUGUUACUCCCUCUCCAACGGCUGCUCCCACUCCGGCACCCACUCCGGCUUCCACUCCCGGUGGUGGAAGCGGUGGCAACGGGUGUGGCCAAGAUGGUUUCUUUGUUGUGGAAGGCGACUGCAAUAAGUUCUACCAGUGCAUCGGUGGCGUCCGUUACGACUUCCAAUGCGGAGCAGGGCUGUGCUUCAAUACCAGUAGCUUCACUUGCGACUGGCCGUAAAAUAUCGAUUAAAUGAAUAGCAUAUGAAAAUAAACAA